UCAGCGAUUGCGAGCGGGAGGCUGUUUCUUGUCUGUUGGGGCUUGUGUAUGUGUGUUUGCGGGGACUAAGGAGUACGUGGGGGCGAAACCGAACCGGCCAUGGCAGCAGCGGAGGAGGAGGAUGGGGGCCCCGAAGGGCCAAACUACGAGCGGGGAGGGGCGGGCGCGACCUUCGAAUGUAAUAUAUGCCUGGAGACUGCUCGGGAAGCUGUGAUCAGUAUGUGUGGCCACCUGUACUGUUGGCCCUGUCUUCAUCAGUGGCUGGAGACACGGCCAGAGCGGCAAGAGUGCCCAGUGUGUAAAGCUGGGAUCAGCAGAGAAAAGGUUGUCCCCCUUUAUGGGCGAGGGAGCCAGAAGCCCCAGGAUCCCAGAUUGAAAACUCCACCCCGCCCCCAAGGCCAGCGACCAGCUCCAGAGAGCAGAGGGGGAUUCCAGCCAUUUGGUGAUACUGGGGGCUUUCAUUUCUCAUUUGGUGUUGGUGCUUUUCCCUUCGGAUUUUUCACCACCGUCUUCAAUACCCAUGAGCCAUUCCGCCAGGGUGUAGGUGUGGAUCUGGGACAGGGUCACCCGGCCUCCAGCUGGCAGGACUCCCUCUUCCUGUUUCUCGCCAUCUUCUUCUUUUUCUGGCUGCUCAGUAUUUGAAUUAUGUCUCCUUUGCCCACCUCCAGCUAGAGGAGAAUCAGUAUUGGGGGUCCCUGUGGACCCUUCCUUACUCAUGGAUCCUCCCCCCAGCCCCUCCAUUUCUGUUGGCUAAGGCCAACCCUGGCCACUCUGCAGGAGGGUGUGGGUAGGAGCCACCUGCACGUAGGGUGGGAGAAGCAUCCUCUGAACUGCGCGCUCACUCAGUGGCACCCCUGGGUAGCAGCAUACCUCCCAGCUCGGAGAGGAGGAUGGACUGCAGAGAAGGUCUGUUUGUUCUCUUGCCUCAUCCUGUGCUUUCCCCACAUUUCUUGAUGUUGAAAGGUGGGCAAGACCCCCUCUGACUCUUCCCAAUUUUCCCCAUGUUGAUUUAAUUUAAUUUUUCUCUCCCCAGUGUCUAAUGUGGGUUCUGACUCUAAAUGCUCCCUUCCCCUCACUACCUUCUUUAUUACAAAUUCAAUAAACAAAUUGAAAUGUAUU